GUCAUUCCUGUUUUUGCAAGGCCACAAAAUCUUGUUACAUUCCUCGAUUCCCUGCUCCUCCACCUCCCGCUAAACCGAAAGGCCGAGGGCCGGGUCAAUGCUCGGGUGGUCGUCGUCAUCAACCGCUCCGGUCGUCGUCAUCGUCCUCAUCAUCAAGCCUCCUCUUCUUCUUUGCCAUGAUUGGCUGCCGUCCACGGACGACGCCUGCGUCGUCUGCACUACGAAACUGUUGAGUCCAGACGCUGGGAUUAGUUGAUAAAAAGAAAGAGUCAUAGCGUUAAGGUUGAUGGUUGGCCCCGCUCACCAUGUGCAAAGAAAAGGAUGAAUCCCAUUAUCUGAGUGGUGGUGGUGGUGGUAGUGGUGAAGAUUUUUCCAACGUGGGAGAGGGGGCUUGCGGCAUCUACUGAUGAGCUAGCGUCCCAGAUCGAGGAAAAGCGAACGCCCACAUCGGGAUUCCGCUGUUUCCCUUCUUUAUUGGUGGUGGGGAGAUGGAGAACUGCAAGGGUCAGCAGAAUUUACGGAGGAAGAAGAUGACGAAGCAGCUCACGGGGAAGAGAGACGACACGCCCCUGCAUUCGGCAGCGAGGGCGGGGGACGUGGAAGCGGUGAGGCAGAUACUCGGUGAGUGUGCCGAUCGCGCUGCUCUGGACGAUUUGCUGUGUAUGCAGAACCAGGCGGGGGAGACCGCCUUCUUCGUCGCCGUGGAAUACGGUUAUGUUGAUCUUGCGAAGGAGCUUCUGAAUUUUGUGGAUGUUGCGUGUGCUGGGAUCAAGGCCAAAAAUGGGUAUGACGCGUUUCAUAUAGCUACAAAGCAAGGAGACGUCGAUAUCGUCAAGGACCUCCUGGAAGCCAUUCCAGAACUGGCGAACACUGUGGAUUUUGCUAAUACCACACCAUUACACACUGCUGCAAACCAAGGAUAUACAGAGAUUGUAAAUUUGAUAUUAGAAACUGAUGUAGGCCUUCUGAGGAUUGCAAAGAGCAAUGGUAAAACUGCACUGCAUUCGGCCGCUAGAAAUGGACAUUUGGAAGUAGUAAUUGCACUAACAAGUAAGGAUCCUGCGAUUGUCAUGAUAACUGAUAACAAGGGACAGACGGCACUACACAUGGCUGUAAAGGGACAGACCCUUGAAGUGGUGGAGGAAUUACUCAAGUUUGGAGCUCCAUUGGUUAAUGCAGUUGACAAGAAAGGAAAUACAGCAUUGCAUAUUGCAACACGGAAGGGCCGUUCCGAGACUGUGAAGAAGCUGCUACAAGUAAAGGGCAUCAACACCAAAAUCGUGAAUAGAUCUGCAGAAACUGCUCUCGACACAGCAGAAAAGAGCAGCCAGCCUGAAAUUGCAUCUAUACUAAGGCAAGCUGGUGUUGAUUAUGCACGAAAUAUUAGUCCGCCAAAUGCUGCAAGAGAACUGAAACAAUCAGUCAGUGACAUCAAGCAUGAGGUGCACUCACAGAUCGAGCAAGAGAUUCAGACACGAAAAGGGGUCCAACGAAUUGCAAGUGGACUCAAGAAACUUAAUGCUGAUGGACUAAAUAAUGCAAUAAAUUCCACUACGGUGGUUGCUGUUCUCAUUGCUACUGUCGCUUUUGCUGCCAUUUUCACCUUACCUGGUCAGUACGUGGAUGAUCCAUCUAAUGUGACCCCAAAACUCGCUCUUGGAGCAGCCUUCAUUUCUCCUCAGCCUCUUUUCCAAGUCUUCUUGAUUUUUGAUUCCAGUGCAUUAUUCAUUUCACUGGCAGUGGUUGUGGUUCAGACGUCAGUGGUGGUCAUAGAAAACAAGGCCAAAAAACGGUUGAUGGCUGUCAUUAACAAACUUAUGUGGUUGGCAUGCGUGUUGAUAUCAGUUGCUUUUAUAGCUUUGUCUUUCAUAGUGGUAGGGGGCGAUUCAAUAUGGUUGGCAAUAACUGUGGCUGUCAUAGGAACAAUAGUAAUGGUGACAACACUUGGUAUACUUGGCUUCUUGGUAGUCAGACAUCGGAUUGAAUCUUCCAAUCAUAAGAGUCUUAGGAGGUCUUCAAUGAGUUUGUCAAAAACCUAUUCAUUUUCACCGGCAUCCAAUUCAGAGUAUGUGCCGACUGAUCACAAGACAAUAUAUGCGCUGUGACAAACUUGGCUUCUUUUGAUAGCUAAUGCCAUCUGCAGAUGCUGGUGCUGCUGCCAAGCUGAUCUUACAUGUAAUCUGCAUUUACUGCUUAUAAUUGUAAAAUGACCUCCUUGAGAUGUUAGCGGGGGCGUUCAUGCAGCAUGAACCAGGAAUGAUUCUGCUAUGUAUAUAUGUUCUGGGAUGAGGUAUUGUGUAAUGAGGGAACCAGUGUAAUCUAAAAUACCAUUACCAUUUAUUCUUCAACUAAAUUACCGUCUUAUUGGACGAUGAUAGUGGCAUUUGCAUUAAGGAUAUCUUAUUUUCCA